AGGCCGAGAAAGGGGCGCAUGCGCAACGGCGGCCGGCGCCUCCCCCUAUCCGUCUUCCUUCAACUGGCGCCGGCGAGCGCGGGGCUUCGGAGGCCGCCGGGAAACGUCGAGCCGCGGCUGGAGGGAGCGAGCCAGACGCCGCCGGCCGCCCUGCCGUCGCCUUCCCGAUCAUGACGCACAAGCAGAUCUAUUAUUCGGAUAAAUACGACGACGAGGAAUUCGAGUACCGGCACGUCAUGCUGCCCAAGGACAUUGCCAAACUCGUCCCCAAGACCCAUCUCAUGUCCGAAUCGGAGUGGCGGAACCUGGGCGUCCAGCAGAGCCAGGGUUGGGUCCAUUACAUGAUCCACGAACCAGAGCCACACAUCCUGCUUUUCCGAAGACCGCUGCCGAAAAAAGUUGAAAAAUGACAGCAUGUCCUUCUCCUUCUUCUUCUCUUGUUUUCGAUAGAAGCACCUUUUUUUGGAGAACAGUUGGCUCUUUUAUCUCUUUAUCGUGAAAUUCCAAGAAAUAUUUUAAGAUGCCGGUCCCAGAAAAUACCUCUCAACGUAAAUAAGCAUCCAAGAAAAAUUGAUUUUGCCUCCGAUGUUUUAUCUGGCUGAAGCCAUCUUCAAAAACUACAACAACUUGACUUUUUUUUAAAAAAAAAAACAUUUUUUAAUACCGGCUGAAAGCUUGGCCCGCCCGAGAGGCCUAAAUCAUGUGAGGUUUUAUUUAAAUCUCUGGUCUUGCGAAACUUUGUUCUGCUCCGUUGUUCUUCAACCGUGCCUUUCCUUUUUAAUCUUAAUAUUUCACCUUCUGCUUUAGAGCUUAUAAUAGGAUUACUUUUGAUACGAUUGGUUUUUUUGGGCUGGGUUAAUAAAGAGUUAACAUGCCAAGGGAUCAUUUCUGCCUCCGUGUACCCCCUGAUUUUCUACUCUGUUUAAAUAAUCUAACGUAACCUGGACAUUGGGAUAUGUUGGGGGGGGAGGAGGAAUCGUGUCACAGAUUGAAAAUUAGGAGGAAAAUAAUAAAAUGUGUUGAUGUAGCUACACUGGGGUGAAACAACCAUUUGAGGUUUGAAGGAUUAAAACUAUGUUGUCUUCCAAAGAAAGCCAUUCAGGACUUUAAACUUUGACCGGGGAGGGGGGGGGCGUGUCUCUAAAAAAAAAUAUCAAUAAAAAUAGGCAAUAUUUAAGCUUUGGGUUCAAUGGUCAAAUGCAGCAACUUUUAUCCAUGUUGUAACCUCUCUUUACGAGUCAAUAUAUAAUCUAUUGUGCCAAGAAAUAUUCUAUACAUAUUCUCCUUGUUUUCCUUGUGCUUUCCUUUCUGUUUUUAAAAUUUCCUUUCAGGACCUUUAUUAUUUUUUAAAAAAACUUUAUUGAUGGGAGCGCUUUCUGUUACUUGGGUUAUGCUGGAACACAAUUUUCCUAAAAGACCAUUUUAACUGCAGUUUAUAAUUGUGUUGUGCGUUUAUUGUGUUACCUGGGGAUAGGGAUGGUUUUAAAAGGGUGUAAAAGCUGAAUUCACACCAGUAACCUAAGCGUAAUUAAUUGUUUGUUUUCCUUUGAUGGACUGAUCCGAAGAGCUUUCCUGACCAGGUCCAAAUAAAGGUUGUUUAUACGGAA